CCCGCGGGCACCGGAGCACGCCCGGAGCCCGGAGCCCGGGAGGGAACCGCCGGCUGCCGCGCGCUCCCCUCCCCGAGGUUGGAGUCCCCGGGGCGCCCCCACACGGCUAGACGCCUCGGCGGGCUCGCGCGACGCAGCCCCCCGGCCGUGGAUGCUCACGCGGGCCCGGGAUCCGCCCAGGUAGCGGCCUCGGACCCCGGCGCGGCGCCCAGGCCCUCCCCCACGACGGAGCCGGGGCCGGGGGCGGCGGCGCCCGGGGCCAUGCGGGUGAGCCGCGCCGGCGGCUGCAGCGGCCCGAGCGCCUGAUCGCCGCAGCCCCGCGCCGAGCCCACCUCCCCCCACCCCGCGCCCCGACUCCAGCCCCCGCCCCCCACCCUGGCCGCGGGGGCGGCGCGCUCGGUCCACGCGUCCGGGGCCCCGCGGGGCCGGGCCCGGAGUCGGCAUGAAUCGGGGCUGGGCGCUCUUCCUGUCGCUCUGCUGCUACCUGGUCAGCGCCGAGGGGGACCCCAUUCCUGAGGAGCUCUAUGAGAUGCUGAGUGACCCCUCCAUCCGCUCCUUCACGGACCUGCGGCGUCUGCUGUACGGAGACUCUACAGAUGAAGAUGGGGCCGAGUUGGAUCUGAAUUUGACCCGGACGCAUUCAGAAGACGAGCUGGAGAGCUUAUCCCGAGGAAGAAGAAGUCUAGAUAGCUCCCCCGCCGCCGAGCCCGCGGUGAUCGCCGAGUGCAAGACCCGCACCGAGGUGUUCGAGAUCUCCCGCGGCCUCAUCGACCGCACCAACGCCAACUUCCUGGUGUGGCCGCCGUGCGUGGAGGUGCAGCGCUGCUCGGGCUGCUGCAACAGCCGCAACGUGCAGUGCCGGGCCACGCGGGUGCAGCUGCGGCACGUGAAGGUGAACAAAAUCGAGAUCGUGCGGAAGAAGCCCAGCUUCAAGAAGGUCACGGUGACGCUGGAGGACCACCUGGCGUGCAAGUGCGAGACGGUGGUGGCUGCGGGGGCCGUGGCCCGAGGGUCCAAGACUUCCCAGGAGCAGCGAGCUAAGAUGCCCCAGAUGCGGGUGGCCAUUCGGACCGUGCGUGUCCGCCGGCCCCCCAAGGGGAAGCACCGGAAGUUCAAGCACACGCAUGAUGACAAGAAGGCACUGAAGGAGACCCUCGGAGCCUAGGGACAUCUGCGGGGAGAGUGCGGGCAGGGUUAUUUAAUAUGGUAUUUGCUGUAUCGCCCCCAUGGGGUCCUUGGAGUGAUAAUAUUGUCCCCCUCGUCCGUCUGUCUCGAUGCCUGAUUCGGACGGCCAAUGGUGCUUCCCCCAUCCCUCCACGCGCCUGCCCAUCCCCUCUGCCAGUGAGUCUCCCUUCGGCUGCCUCCAGCAUCUCGCCCGGAACCUCAAGGAAACGAAGGCCCUGGACUGCACUGCUGGCCUCCUGCCCUGACUCCGGCCUCUGUGUCAAGAGAUGGACGGGGUGACGCCGGGAGAGGGACUUCCUUCUUCAGCAGGUGGCCCCAGGACCUCUGGGACCCAG